AUGGGGCAGGCGCUGUGCGUCUGCUCGCGCGGCACCGUCAGCCUGGGGGGAGCGCGGUACCUGCUGCUGCACCGCCUGGCAGAGGGGGGCUUCAGCUAUGUGGACCUGGUGGAGGGGCUGCGGGAUGGGCGCUUCUAUGCCCUGAAGCGCAUCCUGUGCCAUGACAAGGAGGAUCGCCAGGCUGCCCUGCACGAGGUGGAGAUGCACGGCCUCUUUGACCACCCCAACAUCCUGCGCCUGGUGGCCCACUGCAUGGUGGAGAAGGGUGCCAAGCAUGAAGCCUGGCUCCUCCUGCCCUAUGUGAAGGGGGGAACCCUCUGGAGCGAGGUGGGAGCACUGCGAGAGAAAGGCACCUUCAUGCCAGAGCAGAGGAUCCUCCUCAUCCUCCAUGGCAUCUGUUGUGGGCUGCAAGCCAUCCACAGCAAGGGCUAUGCGCACAGGGACCUCAAACCCACCAACGUGCUGCUGGAUGAGGAUGACCGGCCUGUGCUGAUGGACCUGGGCUCCAUGAACCAAGCUCGCAUCGAGGUCAACAGCUCUCGGGAGGCCAUGGCCCUACAAGACUGGGCUGCCCAGCGCUGCACCAUCUCCUACCGUGCCCCCGAGCUCUUUGCGGUGCCGAGCCAGUGUGUCAUAGACGAGCGCACAGAUAUCUGGUCCCUAGGCUGUGUGCUGUACUGCAUGAUGUUUGGGGAAGGCCCCUACGACGCUAUCUUCCAGAAGGGUGACAGUGUGGCUCUGGCGGUGCAGAACCCCAUCACCCUGCCCCCUACAACCAGGUACUCAGCUGGCUUGCAGCGCCUGCUCUCCUCCAUGAUGACGGUGAACCCCCAGGAGCGACCCAGUAUCGAUGAGGUCCUCCACCAGCUGGAGGGGCUGCAGCCAGCACCAGUGGGACAGGACACCACGCAGAUCUGAGCCUGGCCCACCCCCCGAGGACGGGGGAUAGCAGCUGUCCUCGCCCCUGCUCCCCAGUGGAGCUGUCGCAGAGGGGACAGCAGCACUCGAGGGAGAUCUGCUGCUCUCUGCCAGAGGUGUGUUGGAUUUGGAGUGUUCUGUGCCCUGAGUGCUGUUACCUGGGCCUUGGUCUGUACCCCAGAACUGUGAAAGUGUGACCUGCUGCUAAACAUGGGGCCCUCGCCUGCUGCUGCCCCACACCCCCCUGGGGCUUGCAGAGGAGGAUGCUAUGGGACCACCCCAGGGAAUGGCAGCCGCGGCCCCACAGCUCUGCGCCCAAGGAGGGUCACCCCUGACCAAGGGCAGAGCUGAGGGCCAGGUCCCCACAUGGUGCUGGAGCAAGGCAAGGGCACCCAGCACCUGCCCUGCUGCUGCUCUCGGCACCAACGUUGCCUUGUGUUUGGAGUAAAAGAUGUUCUUGCA